UACAGUCUCUACCGAUAAUCGAAGGAACGGUUUUGCUUGAAGGAAUGGAUACCAAAAGCCACGAAAGUGAGAACCGCGCGCGCGAAAGAUACAGUGAUCUAGAGAGAGAGAGAGAGAGAGCUGGAGACCUGUGUCGGGGAUUGUGUUGAGAAAGAUCGGGUGGAUAGAUUAUUAGAGAGAGAUGGUGCAUCAUCUUCUGGUUGUAGGGUCGUCACCGCUUCUCCUCCAAUCACAUUCUCCCCAUAUCCCUAGGGGAAUGUCAGGGCAUAUAACAAUAAAAUGCUCAUUUGAGCAGCAUAUAUCGAGCAGGGCUAUGACCAGACAUGUAUUAUCAGGGCUUGCUGCUUCAUUUAUAUUUCUUUCUCAAACAAGUCAGGCUGUUGCAGGAGAUAUUUCUAGUCACCAUAAUUUUUGCCAGCUAGCUAGAGCCGCAGAUAAUGUGCCAACUCUUCCACUUGAUGAGGGGUCUGAUGGAGGAAGCGAGAAGAAGAUGAUGAUGAUGAUGAUGAUGAGAGCUAUGACAGCAAAUAAUUUUGAUCCCAUGAGAUAUUCUGGUAGAUGGUUUGAAGUAGCUUCACUCAAAGGUGGCUUUGCUGGACAAGGUCAAGAAGAUUGCCACUGUACCCAGGGCAUAUAUACAUUUGACAUGAACGCACCUUCUAUCCAGGUCGACACCUUCUGUGUGCAUGGGGGUCCUGACGGAUACAUUACAGGUAUAAGGGGAAAGGUACAAUGCCUUCCAGAGGAAGAUGUGGAGAAGAACGAAACUGAACUGGAAAAGCAAGAGAUGAUCAAAGGAAAGUGUUACCUUCGUUUUCCUACUUUGCCAUUCAUCCCCAAGGAGCCUUAUGAUGUGAUUGCGACUGAUUAUGACAAUUUCGCACUUGUUUCUGGUGCAAAAGACAGAAGCUUUGUUCAGAUCUACUCAAGGACACCUGAUCCUGGACCGGAAUUCACAGAGAAGUACAAAGAUUACUUAGCAAGCUUCGGUUAUGACCCAAGCAAAAUCAAGGACACUCCACAAGACUGUCAAGUGAUGUCCGAUAGCCAGUUAGCUGCAAUGAUGUCAUUGAAUGGUAUGCUACAGGCUCUGACAAACCAAUUCCCUGAUCUGGGUUUAAAAUCCGCUGUUGAGUUCAAUCCGUUUACCAGUGUAUUCGGCACACUGAAGAAGCUUGUUGAGCUAUACUUCAAGCAAUGAUCGAGCUUUACUGAUUGGGAUUGUGCUUUUUUAGUAAGCUAUUAGAGCUGCUGUAAGAUACUACAAUUAUAGAAUGGUAUUUUGUAUCCAUAUUUUUCUUUUAUAUAAACCAAACGCGAUGAAGAAUUGUCUCCGCUAUAUGGCUCAGCUAAAAGGCAAUGUAUAACUGAUUGUAUAGUAUUUUUUUCCUUGUGCAACAAAUUUUUGCUCAAUACAUUACAAUUAUCUUA